AAGAUUUCUCGAUUGCGAGCAAGGACUCCUCCGUAUUGCUCGAGCUCUGCCCCGAGUGCUCGACUCGGUGAAGGACAGGUGCUGCCGGCGGGCUGCGGUACACCCGCGCGGAUCCGAUCGGUGUUUUUUGGAACUCGCGCCGGUGCGGAAAGCGGUCGGGGAAGUGAAAUCAUCGGAUCGAACUCAUUGUUUUCAUCGGUUGUGUUCGACGUUCCCAAAACCUCUGUGAUAGAUUCAUGUGUUCCGAGAGGCCGAUCGACUGAAUACGGCGGAACGAAGAAUCUCCGUCCUUCCGUCUGCUAACCGUGAGCCGAGGAUUACGACCGUACUCCUGAUCACUUGGAAUCCCACAGAAAUACCGAGGGAAACGAACAAGUAUGACGCAGUUGGAGCACGUUUCGUGGGCUUCCGAGAGCCUUGUCGAGUUGAAUCCGACGAUGUCGUCCUCGAACCAAAGCAUCUCACCUCUACCUCAUAGCGACGCGCGCUACUGGACCGAUCCGCGCUACAACUAUCCCAACCGCAGUGAGUUCCAUGAGAAAGACUGGCAGAAGAGCUCAUGGAUACCGUACAGAGACUUCCGUCCGCCACCGAGUCCGGCAGCAGCGUACGAUGCGAACAGUUUCGAAAGUGUGGAUAUGUCCUUGCAUACCGGUCACGUCGUUCACGGAGCGAGCAACGGCAACUAUCUGCGCGCGAGCGCAACUUCUCCAUUCGAGCAUUCGAACGGCACAACGGUGCAGCACACGCGGACCCCAAAGUCUCUCGAAGCUGGCCAACGGAACAGCGAAGGAGCGACCAGGAAAACUAAGCACUCCAUCGCAGCUCAAUUAGGCGCCUCCAGAGAAACCUGUUUGCCGCCUGAGGAGCGGACAGAACACGGAGCUCUAGUCAGACCUCAUGACGCAGCUUACGCAGGGAAACUCUACGGGACCGAAGGAUCGCCACAAGUGCUCGCCCCUCACCGGAAACCCCCAUACUCGUACAGCACUCUCAUCACAUUCGCAAUCAACAGCAGCCCGAACAAGAAGAUGACACUCGCGGAUAUCUACAAUUGGAUUUGCUUGAACUUCCCCUACUACAAAGAAGCGGGCUCGGGCUGGAAGAACUCGAUACGUCACAAUUUGUCUUUGAACAAAUGCUUCAAGAAAGUCCCAAGAUCCAAAGACGACCCUGGGAAGGGUUCUUAUUGGGAACUGGAUAUGCGCGCAUCGCAGAACGCGUCUGACCCGAACUCGGCGCCCCCGCCGACCAGGAAGAAGAAGGCAUUCACGAUUCGCAACAAUCCCUACAUGAGUCCGUCAAUGAUUCCUACGUCUUCGGCGUCCAAUACGGCACCGACCCAAACCAAUCUCGACGCUUCGUCCCUCCGCUACGACUCGCCCGUGGAGCCGGUAGCCCCCCAUAUGCCCGUCGAUCCCAUGAUGGUAGCUCAACGAUCUCCCUACGGGGCACCUACGCCCCCGAACUACGGUCAUCCUGGGGGUCCGACUCCUCCGUUGACGGCUCAUUCUGGUGCAUACACUCCCCCUUUACCCUCCCCUCAGGGCAGAUCACUGUACACGCCCCCCGGAUGUCUGACGCCAAUGGUCGGCUAUAGUCCGCUACCGUACAGGAUGCCGUCGGAUGGCUCCACAUUCCGGUACUUUGAUUUCCCCUAUGACCAUAGGUCGUCCGAGGAGGCCGUCGCGAAUCACACGAUGGGUGGAGGGGGCUUGUGA